ACCAAUCCACAUACACUCAGGAUAUAAGCGGAUCAACCCGCGGGGGUUGACAACCUUGCGUCUGGACUCUGGAGACUUUACCUCCCAUAUUUGUCGAUUUCCCUAUAUUUGCCCAACCCAUUGGACUCGGGCUUACUGAACCUAUCCGUAACAGUUAAACCCUAUUCGUAAAGUUUCUAGAAAUGAUUUUCUCUCGAUUAGUCAGGGUUGCCGCCACAUCUCUGUCAUCCACCGUUGCCCCUUCGCGUUCGUCUCCUCGUAAUAAUGCCUCUUUCAGCUCCGCCGCAGUGCGGAACCGGUACUUUAACAGUCCAACGAAUCGAUCGGGUACCGAGUUAUACCGCCGAAUUUCGCCGGUGGGAGAUCUUAGGGUCCCCAGCAUUCGGAUUCUCAAUAGCUGGAUAAAGGAAGGAAGAUCCGUUACGAAAGACCAACUCGUUUCUUACAUUAAAGAACUUCGCUACUACGGCCGCCACUAUCGCGCCCUCAUGAUUUCAAAGUGGAUGACAGACAAAAGGCACCUCGACCUCACAUCAGAAGAUGCUGCUAUGAGACUGGAGUUGAUAGCAAAGGUCGAAGGGAUAGAAGAAGCGGAGCGGUAUUUCGCUAGGCUACCGCAACAACUCAAGGGGAUUGAUACUUAUGGAGCACUUCUAAGCUCUUACGGUCAUGUUCAAGCUGUGGAGAAACGAGACGAAAUAGACCGAGGCCAUGACCUGUCGAGCCUCAGAAACAAAAAGAAAUUUGAUGCUCUCGUCAAGGAAAUCGAUGAUAGGGGCAUCUCCUUGGAUGCAAUGACUUAUAGCAUACUUCAUAUGGUGCUUUUCUUGAUGUGAAUGGAAUGGAGAAAGUCCUGAUAAGGAUGGAAUCCGAUCCAGAUGUCAAUCCAGGCUGGGGUAUUUACAACAAAGCGGCAACCAUUUACAGGAAAUCUGGGAUGAAGGAGAAAGGAAUUGAAAUGCUGGAGAAAGCCGAGGGGCUCAUAACAAAGAACAAGGAUAUGGAAGCUUAUUAUUGCCUCAUCACCAACUAUGCUGCCAUGGGGGAGAAAUCUAGAGUCUUGGGGGUUUGGGAACUUCUCAAAAAGAAUGGGAAGGUUCUCAAUAAGGGAUAUAUGAAUGUGAUAACUUCUCUACUGAAAUUGGAAGAUUUUGAGACUGCGGAGAAGAUAUUUGAUGAGUGGGAAUCCCGGAAUUUGUCUUAUGAUGUCCGUAUUCCCAACAUAUUGAUUCGUGCUUACUCGAGAAGUGCUCUUCUGGAAAAGGCAGAGACAAUGGUCGAGAGGGUAAUAAAGAAAGUCGGCGAGCCCAUGCAAAUUCUUGGCUUAACCUGGCGAUAGGUUACCUCAAUCUUGGUCAAACUGAGAAAGCCAUGGAAACCAUAAAGAGAGCUGUGAAUGGUUCUAAGUCGGGUUGGAGGCCCAACCCUAGUGUUUUGGAAGACUUUCUGGAGCAGUUAGCGCGGAUAGGGGGGGAUUGCUUGGAGGAAGUAAGACAACUGAUCAAGUCACUCGCUGACAACGAUGUUUUACCCUUGUAUCUUAGAUUCAAGUUUUCGGCGGGUCUUCGCGUGUGGUCGUUAGUGCAUGAGUUUGAUGGACAUCCCAACACACUGGAGAGAUUCGCAUAGGGAUGAUAAUAGGUCGGGUUGGGUCGGGUUUUGCCAAACUCAAAUCCAAACUUAUGGGUUUAUCUGUGAAAAAAAAAAGCUCGGGGUAAGACCCACUGGGUUUGAAAAACUCAAACCCAACCCAUUGGGUAUCUGCAUGUUCAUGGGUACCCAUGGGUUUUUGUCGUAAAAAAUUUACAAUAACAAGUUUCUAUCAAAAUAAAAGUCAAAUAUCAAUCUCUCAAUACAAAUUAUCCAUAUAUAAAACACCAUCAUAGAAAAUUCAAGCAAAUCACAAAUUAGCCAUAAACAACAUGAUUAAGUCUUCCUCCUGGUCAAUUAAGCUUUUUCACUCCCACUCGAUAAUAUCAACUUCAUUCUACACAAUUAGAAAGAAUCAAUUAGGCAUGUCUCCACAAACAUAAAGAAGAUUAGUUGUUUAGAAAUAUACCGGAAAAAUUAAUUACUCCCAUAACAUUACGCUUGGUUUUUAUAUGGAUUAUGGUCAACAUGGCAUGGCAGCAGUUUCCUUCGAGGAGUGAUACUAGUUGAUGGUCCCUAACCUAGCACUAUGCUUGUCCACGAAUGUUGGAAGCUCCAUAGUUACGACGAGGAGUUGUAGAGUUUGCUAGUCGACUUGCAGCAGCAAAAUUAACCAGUCCCCAUUGCCAAUAGACUUGACCCCUAAACCUUCUCAUACACAACAAGAAAAAAAAAAAAAAAUGCUCCUUUGUCUCUAAUCCUCUUUGCACGACAUUGGAAACAUGCUUACCCCAGGGAAUCAGCUAGUUGUUAGUUGUUACUAGAUAAGCUCGCUUGCGCUUCGCGGUGACUAAGCGAAACUAACGAUAUAAAUGUGUGAAAUAAUUAGAGCAUUGAGCGAAACUAACGAUAUAAAUGUGUGAAAUAAUUAGAGAAUUGUAAUUCAUCAGACAACUAUAAAACCAACAAAAAGAAAUCACAAAAAUAUAGUGGGGAACUUUAUAGCAACUUGCACUUGCUGGCCAACAAUGUUAUAGAUUAGAGAAGGACGAUCUACAUAUUGUUAAGUAAGAAUAUGUUCAAUUUGGAGUUUCACAACUAUUAGUUAGAGAAUUCACAAAGUUUCUAAAUCUAAAACGAAAAUGAACAAGGAUGAACUUAGAAUUAACCUAGGAUUCCCUAUAACAUCCCGAACAUUUCCCCGAAUAAGAUAUUGUCCGCUCU